ACAAACUCAUCUACAUCUCGGUUGGCCUUUGGCUCUGCUGGUAACGCUGGUGUCCCAGAGCGAAGGAAGUUGUCAGGAUAUGGGGCUGUGUUGCAUUGGACAAAACCAGUCAGGUAUUACCGAAGACUUGAGGAAAGAUCGCUCCUAUGGGGAAUGUUACUGCCACCAGGCAAGAUGACAUCAGACUUUUCUCACGACUAUGACCUUGCCUGUCGAGCUGCCACUAUGAGCGAAUGGAGCAUGUGUUCCUGCUGUCUGGAGCCGUGUAAACCCACAAUACGCACCAGACAGAGACAGGUGAUUCAGGAAGCACGUGAUGAAAGUGUACCCUGUCCCUCUCUGCAUCGGACCGCAGGCUGUGUGGAGUAUCACGACCAGCACGGUCCCUGUCUACAAUCACUAGUCCCAGCUCUCCUCACCAAGGUUGACUAUGGAAGUGCAAGGAAAAAGAGGAAGAUUUUUGACAACAUCACAGGCCAACCAGUGGGGAGAGGGAUCUCUUCUUCAGACUGCAGAAAUCUAAAGAUUUCAGGACAUUUUGACACAUUUUUGGCUCUUUUUCCUAUACAAGACAAGGAACUGGCUUUUUGUCACAUAUAGAACAAGUUACAGCUUCAGAGGUACAACAUGCAUUGAACAACAUAACACAUACAGAAACAACGGCAUAGAAAGUCAACAGGUAGAAAGAUUACAAAACAAACAGCCUUUAGACCUACAAACAACAUUAUAGAAGAUUUUGGGAAAGGGAGGGAUUGUAAACAGUGCUCUCUUUGUUUAGUUCCCUGGAAAUUCUAUACGUUUACAGUAAUAUCUUUUAAUCAUGAAAUACUUCCUAAAUUUCAUACUUCUAGUUACCAUUGUUAUUGUACAAUUUCAUAAGAAAACAAGAAAAAUCAAAUAAAUCUUAUUUGUGCUUUCUUGUUGAAAUAAGUUACAUAAAUCCUCACAAAUCCUCUCAUUAAUAAUCAACUGAAUUAAAAGUCAAAGUGUUGAUUAUCUAAUAAUACAUGUUACUGUAAAAAAAAAAAAAAAACACAUUGAAUUUUCAAACAGUGUCACUGUUGAUGCUGGAAACAUCAUCAGGUCAUCACAGUUUGACACGUUUGUGAGGAAAUUUUAAUAUCACUUAAUUUGAAGGAUUUUAUAAAUGUACCAUGAUCUAUUGAAUCCUGCACUGUUGUGUGGGUGGGUAUUUUAGACAAAACACCUUUAAUUCCAUCAAGCCAUACAAUAAGACACUGACAUUGGACUAAAAUUACUGAUUGUCAUCACUGUUUGUAGACUGGUGUCAAAAAAUAUCCCCAAAAUAAUCAAUAAUAUAUAAUUUGCUCUCAUCUCUGUAACUGCUCUGUGCACACUGCAAUGCAAGUGUUUCUGUGGGACUUUACAGAAUGACAUAUGCAGAACAUAUAUCAACAUAUGCUAAUCUCUGAUUGAGCAAUUAACAAUGACUAUAUGGGGGUGAAUCUCACAAAACCUGUCAUGGACAUGUCUGGCAUGUAUUUCAACAAAAAUCAAUAAAUAAAAAAAUAUACAUAUUGCAUAAAAAAUAUGAAACCAGUAUUAUCAACUAGUAAGAUUUUUUUUGGAUUGAAACAUGUUUUACAUUACAAAUUUCCCCCUGACUUUUAUACCCCAAAAUGUAUCUAUUUUAUAUUUUCCCCUUAAUUUUUAGUAUGGUAUUGGUAUUUAUGUAGAGUGAAAUCGUUCUAUUUUUAUUGUGACUUUUAUUACAAAUUAAUUGUGUGUGUGUGUGUGUUUGUAUAUGUGUACAGAAAAUUCACUAUUUCUCCCAGAAAACUGUUGCAAUUACCAAAUGCUUUGGUAUUCUUGUGUUUAUUUCUUUUGUUUGUAUUGGAACGACAAAAAAAAGCAAAAAAAAAGCAAAAAAAAAAAGCCAAACCUGAGACAUUCUACACAAAACUCCACAAAAAGGACCGGACAAAAUUAUUAUCACCUUUUCAGAAUCUUCAGAAAUAAUUGUUUUUCAAGCAUGUUUUGCUCCUUUAAUUUUUAGUUAAACUCACCUGUAUCAAUUCACAGGUGCUGGCAAUAUACAGUAUAAAUGACACUUAUAACCAGUUAAAAUAUCAUACUAUUCAUCGCCAUCUGAAUGAAAAGGGACACUAUUGUAGGAGACCCAGAAGGAUCGUGCUGCUGACACAGAAACAUAAAAAAAGCCAGAUUGGAGUUUGCCAAAACAUACCUGAGGAAGCCAAAAUCCUUCUGAGAGAAUGUCCUGUGAACAGAUGAGACUAAAAUAGAGCGUUUUGGUAAAGCACAUCAUUCUACUGUCUUCAGAAAAUGAAAUGAGGCCUUCAAAGAAAAGAACCCUGUCCCUACAGUCAAAAAUGGUGGAGGUUCACUGAUAUUUUGGGUUUGCUGUCUCGGGCACUGGAAGUCUUGACUGUGUUCAUGGCAUUAUGAAAUCUGAAGACUACCAAAGAAUUCUGGGGC